GCAGUGGCCUUUCGUGACAGGUGCUUCAAUCUAUCUUUUUCAAUAUAAUAUUUACAACCUGUGUUAACGAUUUAAAAAUGGCAUUUCACGUUAAAUCUGAAAAGGAUUAUGGUUUUUUGUUGAAAAGUUUAAUUGCUGGGGGAAUAGCUGGAAUGUGUUCAAAAACAACAGUGGCUCCAUUAGAUAGGAUAAAAAUAUUAUUACAAGCACAUAAUAAACAUUAUAAACAUUUAGGCGUUCUUUCUGGACUAAAAGAAGUUAUUCAACGCGAACAGUUUUUUGCACUUUACAAAGGAAAUUUUGCACAAAUGAUUAGAAUUUUUCCAUAUGCUGCAAUACAAUUUACUACAUUUGAAUUAUAUAAAAAGUAUUUAGGAGGCUUAUUUGGAAAGCAUACUCAUAUAGAUAAGUUUCUGGCUGGAUCUGCAGCUGGUGUUACAGCAGUUAUAUUGACAUAUCCACUUGAUAUCAUUAGAGCCAGACUUGCUUUUCAAGUUACUGGGGAACAUAUAUAUGUAGGGAUUAUACAUGCGGGUAUUACAAUUUUUAAAAAUGAAGGUGGUAUACGAGCACUAUACAGAGGCUUUUGGCCAACUAUUUUUGGCAUGAUUCCAUAUGCAGGAUUUUCAUUUUAUUCGUUUGAAAAAUUUAAAUAUUUAUGCAUGAAAUAUGCACCAAAUUAUUUUUGUGAAAAAUGUGAUAGAAACACUGGUGGUUUAGUUUUAACUAUACCAGCAAGAUUAUUGUGUGGAGGUAUAGCAGGUGCUAUUGGUCAAAGUUUUUCUUACCCAUUAGAUGUUACUAGAAGACGUAUGCAAUUAGGUAUGAUGAACCAUGCUACCCACAAAUAUAGUUCUAGCAUGUUACAGACUAUAAAAAUUAUAUAUAAAGAAAAUGGUGUUAUAAAAGGUCUAUAUCGUGGAAUGAGUAUCAAUUAUUUACGAGCUAUUCCUAUGGUAUCAGUUAGUUUUACAACAUAUGAAAUUAUGAAACAAAUACUACAAUUAGACACGGGAAUGAAAUUGUAA